AUGGGUAAAUAUUAUGCUGUUAGGUCUGGUAGAAAUAAUGGUGUCUAUGGGGACUGGGAUAGUUGCAGAAAGCAAGUGGAUGGGUAUUCCGGUGCAAAGUUUAAAAGUUUUAAAACUUUAGAUGAAGCUAAUAAUUUCAUUUCAGGAGGUGAUGCCAACAGUAGUGGUGGUUGCAGAAGUGGUGGUUACAGCAGCGGUGGUUACAGCAGCGGUGGUUACAGCAGUGGUGGUUACAGCAGUGGUGGUUACAGCAGUGGUGGUUACAGCAGUGGUGGUUACAGCAAUGCCAGCCACAAUAGUAGUACUAAUAAUAAUCACAGCUACGGUAACAGUGGUCACAGUAAUAACCGUUCUACUAAUAAUAAUUAUAGUAGCAGCUAUCAUCAUCCUUUUGACAAUUCUACAAAUUCUAACGGCUAUGGUGGAAAGGUUAAAGAAAACAUUUAUUGUGAUGGAUCGUCUUUAGGAAAUGGUAUGGGUGGUGCUCUUGCUGGCUAUGGUGUCCAUUUCGAAUCUGGUCUACACAAGGAUAUAUCUAAUCCAUUAAAACAAGGUGCACAAACCAACAAUCGUGCAGAAUUAAAGGCUGUUCAUGCUGCUCUAGAUGUUAUCCAUGAUGAUAUCCGUAAAAAUAACAAUAACAAUAAAGAAUAUAAUAUCCAUACGGAUUCAGAAUACGUUUCUAAAUUAUUAAAUGAAAGACAUCAAAACUAUUCUGACUCCAAAAUGAAAUCUAUGGCCAAUCCUGAUCUCGUUAUUCCAUUAGUUAACAAAUACAAACAAGUGAAAGAAGCAGGUGAUAUUAAUGUCAACUGGGUUAGAGGUCAUAAUGGUACCAUAGGAAAUGAAAUUGCUGAUAAAUUAGCAAGAGAAGGCGCAAACAAGAGUUGA